CUCAGCUGUCUGAGCGGAGAGACGCCACACGCAGCGCAGCCGAACCUUUAGUUUACCCCUGAACAUCCUCCCCCUGUUCCUUGCCCCUGUUCGCUCCUGUCCUCCUCCCAUCUGUCGACACCACAUCAUAACCGAAUGAUUAACCUCCACAUGCACAGCUCAUUGAGAUCACACCUUUUGUGUUUUACCGCCUUGUAAUAACUGCUGCUCGUUGCUCGUGAGGGAAACCGGUUUCUAAACUGUCAUGCUUAAUAAUUAAUUGUUUAUUUUUCCUCUGAAGUAACAUUGUGUGUGGACAUAGUCAGCAAACAAAAGCAAUGCUCUUCACUGAUGCACGAGGGGAGCGUGAAGAAAACAUUGCUUGAGAAGCUUGUUGGCUGAUGCUUAUGUCAUUGUUUGGAUGUACUCAUGCUCUUCUCAUUCGUGCCUGUUUUUCUUUCUCUUUUUUUUUUUCGUCAUUGUUUCCUAACAUGUGCUCGGCUUCUCUGUUCUCCUUAGCCAUUCACUGUCUGACAGCAGAAGUCAUUUUUCAGCCAUUUAAAUCCUGCACUUUGAAAUUCCCUGCCAAAGACAACCAGGUCAUUGUGAUGUCCGGCCAUGAGACCAUCCGUGUGCUAGAGGUGGAGGUCGAUGCACCGCUGCCAUUGACAAUAACCAAUGUUAAGAGUAAAGGAAAAACUGUGGAGGGAGUGGUUCGGGCCACAGAAGAGCAAGCUGAGGGCGGCGGCGGCGGCGGCGACACCCAGGACGGACCCACUGCGCCCCAGGGCAGUGGGGGAAUAGUGCUCGGUGAGCAGCAGGUGGUGUCUGUCGAGGCUCCGACCCCCGCUGUCCAAACGCUGACUCCUGCUGUUCCCAUCAGUUUGUCCCUGACGCAGCAGCAGGCCACCAUGCCCAUCACUUUACAAGGCUGUCCACAGGUGCUGACCCAGGAAAGUCUGGCCGCGUUGAUGACUGGCAUGAUGGCCCAGACGGGGUCGCUGGGGCAGCCCCUGCUCAUCCCCCUGAGUAUGGCCGGCUCCCUCGGUGGCCAGGGGAGCCUGGCUCUUCUCACCCUGCCCACCACCAACGUAGCUGCUCUCCCUGGGCUCACUGCGGCCAACCAGGCGGCAAACCUCCUCAAGCUGCCCUUUGCCGGCCUUCAAGCUGCGACCGUCCUGAACUCCAUCCACCCUCAGCUACAAGCAAACGCACAGACAUUGUUCCAGCCUCAAGCCGCCUGCAUGCAGCCGCUCCAAGCAGCUGUGCAGCAGGUGACGUCUCAUCCGACCCAGGUGACCACUGCCCAGAUCACUGCUGCUCAGGUGGCGGCCGCCCAGGCAACCUCGGCCAGCAUCGCUCAGUCCAACAUAUCUGUGGCAGCUCUGCAGACCGCAGGACUCCACAUCAAUCCCGCUAUAAUCAAUGCUGCUUCUUUGGGAGGACAACCCCAGUUCCUCAGUUCCCUCACCUCCACCCCCAUCAUCACCAGUGCAUUGUCCAAUAUGGCGGGCAUCACGAGCCAGAUCAUCACAAAUGCCCAGGGACAGGUUAUAGGAACCCUCCCGCUGUUGCUGAACGCAGCCUCUCUGGCUGGAGGGGCUGCGACUUCCCUCCCCCUCCACGGCCUCCAGCUCCAGACUGUCACCCCGCAGCUGCUUUUCAACGCCCAGGGUCAGAUCAUUGCCACGUUGGGGAACGGACCGGCCACAGCUGUCACCUCUGCCGCGGCGCUGCCCAAAGCCGCCGCUCCUCCAACGCUCGCCAAGCCACACACACAGCCUUCGGUAACUACUGUCACUCAGUCUCCAGUUGUCAUCGCCCCGCAGCCGUCUGUUCUGAAGACCGCCACCUCGCUCUCCCCCGCGGUCCCCAUCACCUGUGGAGAGAUAGCGAAAGUGGGCCAGCUUGUCGGCAAACCCCAGCAGGUAGUCAGCGGCGAGGAGGGCAUUAAUCUGGAGGAGAUUCGCGAGUUUGCCAAGAAUUUCAAGAUCCGUCGGCUGUCCCUGGGGCUCACGCAGACACAAGUAGGGCAGGCUCUGACCGCAACUGAAGGUCCGGCUUACAGCCAGUCGGCCAUUUGCAGGUUUGAAAAGCUGGACAUCACCCCAAAGAGUGCUCAGAAGCUGAAGCCGGUGCUGGAGAAGUGGCUGGCUGAGGCCGAGCACUGGAACCAGAAAGGCCAGCAGAAUCUGAUGGAGUUCGUUGGCGGCGAACCUUCCAAAAAACGCAAGCGGCGCACAAGUUUCACACCGCAGGCGAUCGAAGUCCUGAACUCGUACUUUGACAAGAACGCCCUGCCGACGGGUCAGGAGAUCACGGAAAUUGCGAGAGAGCUGAACUACGACCGAGAGGUUGUGCGAGUUUGGUUCUGCAACCGGCGACAGACGCUGAAAAACACGAGCAAGAUCAAUGUCUUCCAGGUUCAGUAGCGACCUCAUCCUGGGAGAGUUCACCUCGGAUCUUUCGUCCUUUUUUGAAGGCGGAGCAUUUAAUAUGAAGACACAGAUGUAAAUAGUCCUGUAAAUAUGAUUUAAACUCUGUAAAAGCUGAGAGAAUAUGAACUUUUUUGAGAAAAAUAUGGAAAUACACGAUUGAAGGUUUAUGAAAGAUUAGCAGAAAUAAGUUCCUAUUGUGUUUGAAGUCAAAGUGCAUGGUCUGCUCAUCAUAUUUAAAAACGUUUUAUGAACUUUUGUACAAGUGGUUUUAUAGGCUGACGUUCUGACUUCUUUCAAGUGGGCGAACAUUGAUUAAUAUUGAGUUUAAUCACAUUUUGACAUGAUGACUGACAUUCUUCUGAUAUUUGUGUGAUGUGCUUUUACCACCACGGAUGUUUUCAAAUGUUUAUCUCCUCAGAGAUGAGACUGUAGACUGUAACCUGCAAGCUGACUAAGGAAUGCCAAAAAUUACUUUGUCCUCUUUUGACUCCGGAUUCUUUGGGACAAUUGUCAUUUUGAUAUUUGUUAUUGAUAAUCACAGAGAUUGAUUUAAAAUAAUUUCCUGUAGUUUAGCUUCGAUCAUUUCAUUCAGCAGUAUGACAGAGGGUUUGUUUCUGAUGUUCCACAGACAACAAACAGGUUCCUAUCACAAUGAUACUGUGGCUCAGGCUCUUGACCUUGAUGCCGGCGUAUUUCAGUUUUCUAUAAAGUGUUGUUUCCUUUGCGAGUUACCGACUGUGGAAAAAUACACGUACUGUAUGUGGGUGACACGUGUGUGGAUUUAUUACUGUCUGACGUCUCUUUAUGCUUUCUGUUUAAUGCGCUUAUCGUACUCUGAGAGUAUUUUGUAUUUUCAUCCGUUCACUGUUGUUCCCUUAAUGCUUUGACUGUGUUUCAGUGACAUUUUUCUCAAGUUACCUAAUAUUUUCAAAACAGGAGCUUAAUUUGAACGGUUAUUAAAUUAACUUGAAAUAUCGUCACGAGGCCUGAAACAUUUGUGCCAGAUCUUUUUAGACUCUUCCCUCAUAUUAAACCUAAUAUCAGUCAAAUUGAUUUACUGAGUUAAUAAGAAGAAGAAUGAACUGUUUUACUGAGAAGAUUUUGUGGUUGAUGUGUUCUGACUUUCAAUCUGAAUGAGUAUGAAGACGAUUUCUCAUGUGCAGUGUGGAGUUAUAAAAUGUAGGAACAAGACUGGCAGUUAUUUUUUGUUAUCUUUGCCAAUUCUUUAAGAAUUAUUUGCACUUUAGUGGAAGUUGACGUGUUAUGGAUGGUGUGUAUGUGCAGUGCAAGGUGUCAGUUACGUUUUGUGAAAGAAUUUAAUUUCUGUGUUUUUUAGAGUUUUUGAAAAGCAGGAAGCUUUGCUUUGCUUAAUGUGUCACUACAGGCAAAACUGCAAUCAACUUGACGAAUAACAUCUUUUAUUAAGUUUAUUGUUCUUCUUAUGCAGAUGAUAUGUAAAAUACUGCUGCUUAACUAUAACUUUAAUUUUUGUUUGUUUGUGAAUGAUAUGUUGAAUGGUGCAUUUUAUGUUCCACCUCAUAUUUGCCUUUUUAACAACGGUACAUCUACAUUGCAGUGGACGAAAUGGUUUGACUUGCAAUGAAAACAAUUAAUAUAACAAAGAACUUUAACAAGAUUUACCUUCACGUUCAAUAUGGGAAGACAAAAUAUACAACACGGUUUAAUAUACUAGGAGCAAGAAAAAAAGAGCUUAAUUAAAUCAAUAAGAUAUCAGCUAGUAUCAGUUUUUUGACUCUGCAAAGCACAUAAGAAGUUAAGGUCAUGCUUUUCUUUGUCAUUUUCUGUCAAAUUAAUAAAAUAAAACUGGUCUUUAUGAAUCA